UAAGCGCUGUCGCAACUAGCGUUGUCGCAAAAUCACUAACCCAGGGUUCAGUUUCCGGCACAGAGGAACACGUGUGUGUUUGUGUGUGUGUUCUCUUUAAUAAGCGAGCAGAUAUUCAGAGCGAUGGCAAAGAGUUUGCGCAGUAAGUGGAGGAGGAAGAUGAGAGCGGAGAAGAGGAAGAAGGUCGCUCCGAAGGAACUGGCUCGACUCAAAUCCACUCUGGGUCAGGGAGAAAACGGAGAGAUCACCAUGAAGGACAUGGCCGAGAUCGCGACUGUGGUUCCUGUUCAUAAACUGAAGCAGAAAUCAGAAGACGUGGAGAUGAAGACAGAGGAAGACGGACCGAGUAAAAUGGAGAUGGACAGUAAGCGCAGUAAGAAGACGAUGCUGGAUGAGCACGGACAGUACCCCAAGUGGAUGAACCAGCGGCAGGCCAAGAAGCUGAAGAGCAAACGCAAGGCAGUCAAAGGAAAACACAAGCUGAAGAAGGGCGUGGCCUGGUAGACCCGCCCUCUACCUCCGGACUUUAUCUUCACUGAGUUCUGAUUCAGCUAGUUUUAACUCACAGGGUUUGGCCACACCCUCUGAAUCUGCUGGCAGGGGGGCGGUGCUUGAUUUUGGAUAAAUGGAGAAGGCGGAUCCUAAUGCUGUAGGGUUCUGCUGGCUGAGAUUAUUGUAUCUGAUGUACAGUAACUGUGUGUGAACUGCUGGGUUAAUGUCUUGUUGGAUGAUUGAGAAUGAUCUGUAUUGUAAUGAUGUGCAUCCUGAUAGAGAGAUGGACAGUGAUACUGCAUUUCUCUGCAGUAGAAUCAGAGAUAUAAUAAUCUGUAAUAUUAAAAAACUACAGGAAUAGUCCAGUACUGUCCAAACUUAAAUCUUCAUCUGCAACAAUAACCAUUCAAAAUAUUUUUUUUUUUAACGGCAUGAAUAAUGUCAUGUUAGGUGAUUACCUUAAACUAUGUCAUUUUGUUGAUUUACCAUAAAUAAAAUCACUUUUGGUCAAUGGAUACAAACAAUGCAUUUUUGGUUGAUUAUUAUACGUGAUACCUAAAGAUAUGUAAUUUCCACAAAUGACAAAAAUGUAAUUUUUGGUUGUUAAUUAUAAAUAAUAGAUUUUGAUUAAAUACUAUAUUCUUUUUGUCAGUGUAGUUUUGCUUAAUUACUGUAAUAAAUACAGUAUAGCUUUGAUCCAUAAAUACUAUAAAUACUGUAAUUGGUUGAUUACCUUAAACAAUUUACACAGUUGUUUAAAAGUACAUGUGGAAACCUGAGCUGUGCUGUUUUUUGGCUUCUUCUUAAAAUCCUCAGUUUAAUUAAAGUUUUGCAUACUGUAAA